AUGCAGCUCAAGCUUCGAUUUGUUUCCAAUGCCGCGUCCACCUUGUUUCUGCUGGCGCUGCCGUUUAGGCUGUGGAAGCUCCGCCGCGAAGCUAUCAAGGUCCUCCCCGGACAUCGUGGCUAUGCCAAAUUGACACUUGCUGCCAUACUGGCAAUAGUCCAAUUGGUCUUGUUGACGACAACGCUGUCUCCUGGCUUGCCGUUUGACAUUGAUAUCCUGUCUGCCAUCACGUCCUUGAUAGCAUGCUUGGGUCUCUGUCCGCUGGUGUUCUUGGAGCAUACACGGUCAAUUCGGCCAUCAGACUUGUCGGUCCUUUAUCUUGGAGUGACACUAGCAUGUGACUCUGUCGACCUCUGGACAACCGUCUACGAAGAUGGGGUCACAUCAGAUGCGCUUUGGGAUCUCCUGCCGGCCAUCGUGAGCAUCUGCAUCAAGCUGGUGCUGGUGGUCGUUGAAAGCCAGAGGAAGGACGAGAUUCUGCGAGAAAGCAGUGCGAAGUUUUCACCAGAGGAACUGUCGGGCGUCUUGAGCAGGACCUUCUUCUGGUGGAUCAACCCCAUCUUGGCCCAGGGAUGGCGUAAUAUCCUCACUGAGGACAGUCUUCCACCCAUUGGCGCUGGACUGUCGUCAAAAUUGCUGCGUCACCAAGCAUCAGUUGCAUGGGAUCAAAGAGCUAAGCCCAUUGGCAAACUGACGCUGCCAAAGGUGCUGAUUGCGACUGUCCUGCCGCAUUUCCUCGCGCCUAUCCUGCCUCGCCUUUGUCUCAUCAUUUUCCGCUACUCCCAGCCAGUGCUCAUCCGCAAUGUCAUCCGUUAUCUGGAUGCGUCCAUGAAUGAGAAUACCACCAAGAGGAAUUAUACCGUAGUGGUGAUGGCCAUUGUUGUCUAUGUUGGCCUCGCGAUAUCCAAGGGAGUAUACCAGCAACGCCUCAACCGCCUCAAGGUAAUGAUUCGAGGCGCAGUGGUUGGCCUCAUUCACCGCAAGUCCUUGAAUCAUGUAUCAGCCAACUAUGAUGACGGAAAAGCCGUCACCUUGAUGAGCACGGAUGCAGAAAACAUCAUUGAAGUCUUGAUCGGCACAGCCAUGCUAGCUAAAGAAGUUGGCUGGAUCUUUCCGGUCCCAAUUGUGAUCAUUUUCUUCUGCUCUAGAAUGAGUCGGUACUUGGCCAAGAACUUGCAGAGCAAGCAGAAGAGCUGGAACGAAGCUACACAGAGGCGUCUUUCCAUGACAACAUCGAUGCUUUCGUCCAUGAAGAGCUUGAAGAUGCUUGGAGUUGCUCCAUACACGGAAAACCUCAUUCGUAAUCUGCGGUUACAAGAACUGGCCAAGGCCAAGAGAGUACGGUGGAUGAUGGUCGCCUACAACGCAAGCGCCAAUGCACUUGGCAUCUUCUCUCCCAUCAUCACAUUUGUGCUCUUUGCUUUGGUAGCACGGUGGAACGGCACAGUGCUGGACGCAGAGACGGCGUUUACUACCACUGCGCUGCUCGGGUUGGUCACGCAUCCUGCAAACAUGAUCAUGUCCAUCAUCCCUGAGGCUGUGGGCUCGCUGGCUGCUUUUGAGCGAAUCCAGCAGUAUCUGCUUCAGCCGCCUCGACAUGACCAGCGGGUCUUGCUCAAGAAACUGAAUGAACACUCCAAUGAUGACACGCCGGCUAUCUCCUUGGAACAGGUGACUAUCCAGAUUAGCCCAUCAGCGCCUCCAAUCCUGUCAAACAUCAGUCUUGUCGUCAAGAAGGGCUCCAUCGUCAUCUGCUCUGGGCCCGUAGGCAGCGGCAAGUCAACUCUGGCAAAAGCUCUCAUCGGCGAGCUGCCUCUAUCCAGUGGCACCAUCUCCGUCUCUUCAAAGCGCAUUGGCUCCUGCGAGCAGGUCUCGUGGCUUCCCAGCGGAACGAUCAAAGAGGCUAUCAUUGGCUUCACGCCGGAUGAUCCUGAUUGGUAUAACCAAGUGGUGAGGCUUUGCUGUCUCGAUGAAGAUAUUGCAACGCUGCCUCAAGGGCAUCGGACCUUGAUUGGGAGUCGUGGAUUGAACCUCUCUGGGGGACAACGACAGCGAGUGGCACUCGCUCGGGCCAUCUAUGCUCGCUGCGACAUUGUCGUUCUGGAUGACACCUUUAGCGCCCUCGAUGGCAAGACAGAGAAUCGCAUCGUGGAGAAUAUUCUCGGUCCAAACGGUCACUUCAGGAAGAUGGGCACAACCGUCUUCCUCAUCACCAACUCGGACUGGCUCAUUGUUCUCGCUGAUUCUUCCAUCCAGUACCAGGGAACUGCUGAAGGACUGAAAGAUCAACCGCAGAGCAUCCUGAAGGUUAACGCUAUUGAUCUGGACAAGACUGCUGCUGAAGAACAGCUGAAAGUAGACAGCACUGUGCAAAAGCAGACAUUGAAAGUAGCUGAUGCCAUUUCCGACUUGAGCAGAGCCACUGGAGACCUCAGCCUUUACGCCUCUUACUCAUUCUUUGUCACAUUUCCUCAAUACUGGCUUAACAAAUGGACUGCAGCGCCCCCCUCUGACACAAUGUUUUACAUCGGCGGCUACCUGAUCUUGUCUCUGCUUGCAUGGACCUCUACCAAUGGGUCAAUGUGGUCGACGAAUAUCCUCAUUGCAUCCGAUUCUGGUGCUGAGCUUCACCGCCGCACACUCUCGACAGUUAUUGGGGCUCCCCUGUCAUUCUUCUCCACCACUGAUAUUGGUGUCAUCCUCAACCGAUUCAGCCAAGACAUCCAACUGGUGGACCGGCAACUCCCCCCGGCCAUUCUGUCCAUCUCAAACCAGGUUUUCAAGAUCCUGGUGCAGACUGCUUUACUGUUCGCGGCCCAGAAGCUCAUGGCAGUGUCGCUUCCCGUCUGCAUCGUAACUGUGUAUUUCAUACAAAAAGUAUACCUGCAGACGUCGCGACAGCUGCGGUUGCUCGAACUCGAGUCACAGUCUGCAGUCUACUCAAGCUUCCUCGAAUCGGUGGAAGGCGUUGCGACCAUUCGCGCGUUUGGUUGGGAGAGACAAAUUGAGAACGCCAACAUCAACUAUCUCGACAAGUCUCAACAGCCUUCGUAUAUCCUCUUCUGCCUCCAGCGGUGGCUCAACAUUGUCCUGGACUUGAUGAUUGCCGCCAUUGCCACUGGUCUGAUCACACUGGCUGUUGUCAUGAAAGGAACGACGACCAGUGGCCAGAUUGGUAUGGCGCUGAACAUUGUGCUCGUUGUCAACACAACUCUCCUUAGCCUUGUUGAAUCAUGGACAAACCUGGAAAUCUCGCUGGGCGCAAUUGCCCGCUUGAAGAAUCUAGAGGCGGAGACUCCAAAAGAAGACAAGCCCGGCGAGAACUACGUUCCCGUUGAUACUUGGCCCUCCUUGGGAGAAGUUGAGCUGGAUAACGCGACAGUAGCAUACAACGCCGAUGCCAUCGCUUUGCGAAAUAUCUCAAUGAAGAUUUCGCCAGGCGAGCAGUUGGUCGUCUGUGGCCGUACCGGCAGCGGGAAGAGUACUCUUCUCCUAACCCUCUUGCGACUUUUGGACGCCAAAUCUGGUACCAUCAAGGUCGAUGGUGUUGACCUCAGCUUGGUACCGCGCACCUUGGUUCGCCAGAGAUGCUUCAUCACAGUUGCCCAGGAUCCAUUCAUCCUUGGCCAAGCCAGUCUCCGCUUCAACCUGGAUCCCUCUGCUUCUUUCCCAGAUGAAAUCAUAGUCAAAGCUCUGGAAAAGACACGUCUAUGGUCGCACUUCAAGCCCAGAACCUCCAUCGUCAAACCAAGCGUCAUCCUGAGCACCUCCAUGGCAGCACUGCCGCAAAUGUCCACCGGCCAACUGCAGCUGCUCGCUCUGGCUCGAGCAAUCCUUCAGGUCCAGCAUCUGAAUAGCGAGGCUAGCAUCUCCGAGGCUCGACCAAAUGGCGGGCGCGUCAUGCCGAUUCUAUUGCUGGAUGAGGCUACUUCAUCGCUUGAUCCUGCCACUGAAUCUGCCAUGCGGAGUAUCAUCCAGGAGGAAUUCACGGACAAAGGCAAUACGGUUGUUGCAAUUACACAUAGGCUGGGUGGCAUUGCAGGGAAUGGGCGGGCUGGGAAGGAUACGGUUGCGCUGUUGUCGAAUGGCAAGAUUGAGAAGAUGGGCAAGGCGGAGGAUAUCUUGGGCGAUCUCAUUUCUCCAUAG